AUGAUGCAUCAACCCCGGCACCAGCAUCAACAUCAUCAACAACAUCAACAACAACAACAGCAGCAGCAGCAUCAGCACCAGCACCAGCAACAUCAGCACCAACAGCCGCAACAUCAACAUCAGCAGCCGCUGCAACAUUCGCAACACCCGCCACCGCACCCCCAAUAUCCUCAGCACCCUCCACCCCCUCCACCCCCACCUCAGCAUCACCGAGCAAUGCCACCCCCGAGUUCUCCCCACCACCAUCCUUUGGCGCCCCCGCAGUCGCAGUCACAGCCGCUCAGACAACCUCCCCCUGGGCAUCACCACCCACCGGGUCCUCCGCACUCUACUUUCACCCAAGGGCCUGGUGGGGGUCCUGGACGCGAUCCACCACCCCCACCUACGCACCGGCCGAGCAUGUCAAUCUCUUCAAUCCUUGGAGCUAGCGAUCCUCCGCCGGCGCCCCCUCCAAUAUCCACCCAUCAACUGCCCCCUACCCCACCCAGACAAGGCGAGUUUUCACCAUUGAACCGCCCUACGAGCGCAUCUGGUCCAGAUAGGAGCAGGGAUGUCAGUAGUAAUUCUGCUAGCCCGAGCACCGCACACGCUCCAUUACCGGGGGCCCCGGGAUCCAAAAACAGUGGGGUGGCUCCGCAAGAACAUGGGCCCAGAAACAAUCAGAUACUAUACCGCCAACCACCCCCUCCCCGCGAUCGUGAGCACAAUGACAUGCUUAGCCCGCCACCUAGACCUAUGUCACAACCGAAUAACCAGAGCCAGGGCCCCAGGGGACAUGUGCGAAGCGAAAGCCAUGGAGAUAGAUAUAGUGGAUAUUCCAAGGGAGGAGAGGGGUACAGUGGAUAUCCUAAGGGAGGCGAUAGGGGACGUGAGGAAUUGCGUGAGCGAGAGGCCCGGGAAAGGGAUUUUGAGUUGAGCAAGGAGCGUCUCAUGCUGAGAGAAAGGGAUAUGGCAAGGGAGAAGGAACUGAGAGAGCGUCAGGAGAGGGAAGCAAGGGAGAGGGAAAGGGAACAGCAGCGGGCGAGGGAGGAGAGGGAGAGGGAGAGGGAGAGGGAGAGGGAGAGGGAAAGGAGGGAGAGGGAAAGGGAGAGGGAAGAAAGGGAGAGGGAGAGGGAGAGGGAGAGGGAGAGGGAGCGGGAGCGGGAGCGGGAGAAGAGGGAGAGGGAGAAGAGGGAGAGGGAAAGUGAGAGUGAGAGAGAGCGAGACGAAAGAAGUAGUGGAAUUCAAGCUAUGGCUGGUAGACCGUUUUAUGGCGGAGAACCUAGGCAGGUGGGGCAUCAACAGCCUCAAACCUCAACAUCUCAUUCGUAUCCUAUGACAAUUGCAUCAGGAAUGCCAUCCAAUGGUCCACAAAACCAUAUGGAAAUGUCCGGGGUGCCUUCGUCCAUGUCGGGGAUUCCCAAUUCUGCUACAAUCUCUCUUCCCCAAACGUCAACAGCUGGAGCCGGAGGGCUUGGCCCUACCCCAGCUCCGUUACCUACAGCUACUACUACUGGGAGGGAAGAUCUUAGGCCAUUCACGGGAUAUACUACCCCCAUGCCCCCCAGUCCAUUUGCGAUGCCCGCCAGCCUGCCAAACGUCCUUCCACCUGUGGGGGAUGGGGCCCGUGACUCCAGGCGCCAGAAUCUGCAGGGUGGGAGGGACGAGCCCGCGAGGGCAGAGGAUGCUUUACAGAGAGGGUUGAGCAGAGCUUUGUCUGGUGGGUUGUCGGGUGUGGUAGGAGAGGAAGAAAGGAGAAGGCGUGUGGAAAAGGAAAGGGACGGGAAUGCUCGGAUGAGCGGUCCUAGCGCCGGGAAUCAAAGCCCCAAUAAGCGGUUGAGCUCAGGUUUCAGUGUUGGCAUGGGUAUGUCGAAUAUGACCAAGAGUUGGGAUGAUUCCAUCCAGAGGGCUUUUCCCGAGGUCAAUAGGGAAGAUGGUAAACUUUCUAAUGCGUUGGGUAAAAGGGAGAGGGACGAGGAGGAAGUUGGCAAGAUGGAAAAGAAGAAAAAGCACCACCAUCACCCGCCACAGUAUGUAUCCACUCGUAUCUAUUGUUAUUCUACUCCAUAAGGCUAACGGGGAGGGGCACCUAGCGCUGCCCAUUACCAUCGCCAUCACCAUAAGGCAGAUGAUGAGCCAGCAGGGUCAAGCCUCGAGGUCCCGCCGGUAAAGGUUGGAGCGCGAUCCAAGUCACCCAAUAGCAUGUCCAUGCCUCACUCGCACCAUGUUCACCAAGUGACUGUCCACCAUCACCACCCCGCUGCUGUCUCACCGGCCCUCCCCCCACAAAGGGUCAAGACAAGUCUGCUCAUAGAUUCGUCCAAAGUAUUGGCCAGCCUGGCUUCAAAACCGAGGCAGUAUCUCGGCUCAACGAUUUACCAACCCACGCCGACUCCGAAACAAGGAUACUCGGUAACGCAGCCGUUGCUGCCGCGAUUCGAAGGCAGGGAGAACUGCAUCUUUCAGGUUCGGAUUCCACGCAGAUUCCUCAGUGUGGAGCAGAGAAGAGAUGUGCACAGACGUAGAUGUGUGUGGGGCACGGAAGUGUAUACGGAUGAUUCCGAUGUUCUGGGGGUAUUGGUACAUCUUGGAAAGGUCCCCGGAGUGCUCCCGGAGGGGGCGGCCCCCGACCUCGUGGCAGAGACUGGGUGCCGGAAGACUACUAGCCGGGGAGAAAUCACAAACAUGCCUUCAACAAGCCCACCGCUAGCCAGGAAGAAGGGCAAAGGAGCGCAUGCAGUGGAUGAGGGACCUGCCGUCCAACCAGGGAAGGAUCUUAUCGUGAACCUUCUCAUCCUGCCGACGCUGCAAAAGUACACCGGGUCGGUUCGAAAUGCGCUAAAGUCCCGUAGUUGGAACACCAUCCACGACGGCAUGAGCUACUCGAUAUGGGAUAUGGAAUGGGUGGAGGCGGGUGAGGCUGAAGCUAGAGGCGGUGGUAGCAGGAAGCGCCGGCUCGACGAGAGAGAGUGGGUGAGAAGAUGGGGUGAACUUCCACCUAGCAGGGGUGGAGGUGGUGUAGGAAAGGUGGGGUGGAAUAAGGGGAGGUGGUCGGAGAGCAAGACUGGGAUGAGGAAGGGCAAUGUUACGGAGGUAGGAGCUUGA